UCACAAGUCAGGCAGUGGAUUGCAGAGGAUGACUUGAGUACAACUGUAUGAUAUGUGAGAUAGAGAGACAGAGGCAAAGAGAAAGGCAGAAUUUCUCAGAACUACGGAAGGACCUUGGAAAUCAACCGAGAUUUGCUGCUGGUGGUGAGAUGAGCAGGGAAGAAAACAAGAAAAACGAACUAGGCUGCUGAGCUUGGGAAAGAAGAGGGGCGCGCGAGAGCCUAGACAUGGAGCAGAGAGUAGAGGGGCGCUCAGAACCGAGCAGAAGGGAAUGCACCGAGCACCGAACGAGAGCUGAGAGCUGGGCGCAGCGAAGCACGGGGGUCCCUAGCACAGAGUCCCGAGGAAAGUGGAGCGGAGUGUAGCCCAGAAUGAGUAGGGGAGCGCGGGACAAGCUGGAACAGGAAGCUGCCAGAGUGCACCCAGCUGGCCAAAGGAGAGAAGAGGAUCCUACAGCCCCGGAGGGGGUCGGGUUUGGCGGAGUUGGGCAGCUAUGUACUACAUCAGCCUCAGAAUCUUCGUGCUCCUUGCUGUCCUGUCAACCAGCUCCUUGGGGCAGCAGCCAAAAGAGAGUAGUCAUGCCAGCCCAGGGGGUCCUGAGCUGGAGCAGACCCUGGCUGCCCAGCGCCGGCUUGCCCGUGCCCCUGCUUCCUCCAGCCAACUGAGAGUUGAUGGAAAUGCUGACUCCAGGAGCAACUUCGGGGCUUUGCUGGCCAGGUAUAUCCAGCAAGCCAGGAAAGGUUCUUCUGCUCGAUUGCCAGUCAUCAAAAAUCUCCAGAGCAUUGACCCCAAUCAUAGGAUAAAUGACAGGGAUUACAUGGGCUGGAUGGAUUUUGGGCGCCGCAGUGCAGAAGAAUAUGAAUACUCCUCCUGAAGAGGGUCAGAGCCUAGUCGGAAACCAAACUCACCAUUCUCCACUGAAAAAGAAUAUUAACAAAAUUAAUCAUCUGUUGUCUCUACAAAUUGAUGUUUUAAAUAUAUGUUAAAUAUAUUUAAGUAUUCGAUGUAAAAAAAAAUCUGCCUGUAGAACUGUAUAAUGCAAUAGACAUAUAUACAGAAUUUUCCAAAAGAGAGGAAAAACCUGUUUCCUUUCUCUAUGAUUUCUGGUCCUACACAGUUGAUAAGAUAUUAAAAUCUCAUUCACUCCUCUUA